GCACCAGGCAGGGCGCCAGGCUCGGCGCCGGAUUGGGAGCCGGGCUCGGAGCCGAGAAAGGUGCUGCGCUCAGACCAGCCGGGUUGGGGACCGGACUCGGAGCGGGACUGGGAGCCGGCAAAGGCGCCGGUCAGGGCGCCGGGCUCGGAGCUGGUCUGGGGGCCGUGCUCGGAGCCGGCCUGGCAGCCGGCGCGGGUGCCGGUCAGGGCGCCGGGCUCGGAGCUGGUCUGGGAGCCGUGCUCAGAGCCGGGGGGGGCGCCGCCAGGCAGCAGUGCGCCAGGUGGGGAACCGGGCUGGGAGCCGGCCUGGGAGCCGGCAAAGGCGCCGGUCAGGGCGCCGGGCGGCGAGCCGGGCUGGGGGUUACGCUCGGGGCCGGCCUGGGAGCCGGCGCGGGUGCCGGUCAGGGCGCCGUGUUUGGAGCGUAUGUCGUACACUCGGUUCCAGGGAGCGGCAGGUGACCGGGCCCUCGUGCUCGUGCUGCUCCGCUGGCUGGUACG